CUGGAGCCAACCUGCCCACCCCUGAGACACUCAGGUCACAGAAGCAGUAGGUCAGAAGCCUGAGGGGAUAUAAGGAGUGCCACUCUGGAGCCCCCCAGUGCACCUGUUGAGAUGGAGGCCUCAAAUGGGCAAGGGGGUGAAGGAGACAAGCCCCUAAAGAAGGUGACAGAUGCACCCUACUUAGAGAAGAGCUCCCGCACCACCCCUUCUGGAGACUCACUUGUACGCCAUGCCAAGGGUCUGGACCAGGACACCUUCAAAAUUUGUAAAGAAUAUCUAAGACCACUGAAGAAGUUCCUGCGAAAGUUGCACCUGCCCAGGGACCUUCCCCAGAAGAAGAAGCUAAAGUAUAUGAAGCAGAGCCUGGUGGCCCUAGGGGACCACAUCAACACCUUUCUGCAACACUACUGCCGAACCUGGGAAAUCAAGCACUGGAGGAAGAUGCUCUGGCGAUUUGUCUCUCUCUUCUCAGAACUGGAGGCAAAACAGCUUCGCAGGCUCUACAAGUACACCAAGAGCAACCAGACAGCUAAGUUCCUGGUGGCAUUCUGUCCCCUGGACACCCCGGAAAGCUCCUUGCUGGCCAACCAGGACGACAGUCUGCCCAAGCUCUGCAGUGCCUGGGGGCUGCAUGGCAACAUCAGCGGCAUGAAGGAGAGGCUGUCCAAGAUGCAGGCCCCUGGCCGAGAGGCCUCCCUGCUGGGGGAGCCAAGAUCCCAGAUCCAGGUCAUGAAAGGCGUGUUUAUCAUAGAAAGUUUGAAAUGUACAGAUAAGUAUGAAACACAAGAGGGGAAAAUCACCCAUCACCCAGAGACCAUGACAGAUUCUCUAAGGAAACUUCCUCACAAAACAAAACUCAAGAAUAAGAGAAUUAAGGAAGCACCAGAGACUCCAGAGACCUGCCCAUAAGAACAUCAGGCUAGAACAGAGGGCCAGCUUGCCCUGGGUCCCAGAGCACUUGUCUUCAACACCUCUGCACCCUGGGGGCUGGGACCAAUGAAGGGAAAGAAGAAAACUGUCUUUAUCAGAAGGAUGCUCAGGUCUUAAUUACGUAUAAAUGGGGCGGGAAAUAAACAACCUUAAGACAGUUCUACCUUA